UGUGGGCAGUUCUAAAAAUAGCUCAAUACGAACGUACGAAGUCGGAUGAUUCUGAGAAUGGGGCGAGUUGCAUGCCCUCUUCUCUGUAUACGCCCUUGGUUGAACCAUAGAUUGAAGAGUUAGACUCAACGUAAAAUACACACACUGACAAUUGAUUGUGCUAUAGGCUAGUGACCAAUUUAAUAUACGUUAACGUACAUCAACAUGAGUAUCCACAUGCUCGGUCUGACUGACAGGACUGCUCAAGGUAGCCCUCGUUGGAAGCUGGUGAGAGCAUGCAGGGAAGGUGAUCUGGACAUGGUGAAACAACUGUGUGAAGACGACUACCCAUUUGAAGAAGAAUCAGAGCCUAAUGUUCCUCUGCAUGAAGCGUGUUGGAGUGGGCAUUUGAAUAUUGUUAAGUACCUGAUUGAAAGGAAGCAGUGUAAUAUUUACAACGAGUCUUCUAUCGGAUGGACAGUUGUUCACUCAGCUUGUGCGUAUGAUCAAUUGCAUAUUGUGAGGUAUUUUAUUGAAGAACGAAGUUGUAGUGUGAACAUGACCAAUUAUUGUGGGUGGACCCUACUACACACCAGCUCCUGGGGUGGAAGUGUGAAUGUGGUGAAAUACCUCAUGGAAGAUAAAAAUUGCAUUGUUGAGUGUACUGACGAUAACGGAUAUACCCCACUACAUUGGGUGUGUCGUUCAAUGGGAGUAACCGAUACAGAUCGAAGACUUGAAGUAAUGAAAUGUCUUUUAAGGUCACCUGAAUGUGACCCGACAAAAAGAGAUUGCUUUGGAAUGUCUGCUCUUCAACUCUUAUCAAGGGGUGGCAUUGGCAUUGGUGCAAACCGAAACCUGGCAAUACAGUUGCUACUUAAUCACAAUGCCCCACCACCAGAUGAAUCCUGGGCAAAGUUAGUGGAUCAACAACCUCCUGAAGCAUACACCAAAUUGUUUCUAAUGGGGUUUCCAGGAACAGGGAAAAGUACGCUUGCUAAAUCGAUCAAAACGGAUGUUGAAGACGAUGUGAAAAGCCUCGCUCAUCGAUUCAAGAAAGUUUGUGAUGUUAGUAAAAAUACGAGUGGCAUUGUUCCAAGCGACAUUGAGAGCAAGAGGUUUGGUUUGAUGACAAUCUAUGAUCUCGCAGGUCAUAGUGAGUUCUAUGCCAGUCACAAUUUCGCCUUGAGAAGCAUUUUAGCUGGGUCUCCUUCUUCCAUCAUACUUCUAGUCGCUGAUAUAAGCACUGAGCAGGAUUCUCUUCGUAAAGCUAUCUUACAUUGGUGUAAUUUUGCUUCUAAUCUUUUUGACUGUCAAUCGAAUGACAAACCGUUUCUAUUUAUCAUUGGGAGUUAUGCUGAUAAAGUGUCUGUGAAAGAUAUUGAGUCGUGUAAAGUUAUAAUUGAGAGUCUCACAUCCAGAAGAUUAUUCUCAACGUUUCAGUUGCAUUCUUUUCUUGCCCUCGAUUGUCGAUACCCUGUGUCAGCAGAUAUGACCCAGCUGCGCUCUCAUAUAUCAGACUGUUGCCAGAGCAUAAAACAACAGCAAGAAAUUAAUAUUCAGCAGCAUUGCUUUCUUGUUGGAAUUAUAAGUGAAUUUGGUCAUAGAGAUGCCUUCACCAUUGCUGAAUUGAUCACCCAUGCUGAACAAUCAUCUAUCACUUCAUAUUUCAGCAAAUUUAUCUGUGAAGUAGAGCGUACCACCAUUGUGAGAAUGUGUAUCAAGCUCAACAUGCGAGGAAACAUUCUCUUUCUUCAAAACCAGUGCAGUUCAAUCGAUAGUUGGAUAGUGCUCAAAAAAGAUGUUUUAUUAAAACGAAUUUGUGGAUCAAUUUUUGCUCCUGAUUCAUUUGAGGACCAUAAACCUUUGGCUUCUGACACUGGCAUCGUUCCUGCUUUCAAACUUGCUGAGGAGUUUCCUGAUGUUGAUACCAAGUUGAUUAUCUCUAUCAUGUCUCAUUUUCAGUUUUGCCAUGAAGUUACUGACCCUGAGAUCCUUGAUCAGCUCUCGGUUGUAUCCUUUGCUAGUACCAAAUACCUUUUCUUUCCAAGCUUAGUCACUGUCACAACACCUCAAGGAAUUUGGGACCCUCAAAGCCAAUUUUCAUAUGAAUCUGUGUGGAUUAUGAAAUGUCGAAAUGAUGAGCAAUUUUUCAUAUCGAAUUUUAUGCACGUGACAAUCCAUUGUCUUGCAUUCUCAUUUGCGAUGGCCCCAAGUUCUUCCUUGUCUGCAAAAUUAUCAAUUCAGAGAAGAUGUAAAGUAUGGAAAAAUGGUAUUUUUUGGCGAUCCUUGUGUGGUAUUGACAUCAUUGUUGAAGUUGACAGCAAAAGCAUAGCUUUGUAUAUUCGAGCAAGAAAAGAUUGUGAGCUAGAUGCUGUUAAAUUGCGAUCUCAGUUGAUUUCAAGAAUUCUGACCACAAAAUCUGAAUAUUGCAAGGAGGUGGAAGUCAAUGAGUUUUUCGUGAAACCUGAUUGCAUUACUUUCCCCUUGGGUAAUGAUGAUAAACUUGUCAAUUUGUUAGAAAUUGCACGUUCAAUCUCUACGUGUAAACCUUUCGCAUUUGAUGUAGCUGAUAUGCUUGUUGAAAUUCAAGCCCUUCUUCACUUCGAGCCUUUCUUUGACCUAGGAGAGAGUGUUCUCUGUGAGUUGUUUAACCAAGAUGCCGCUGUGACUAUAACCAACAAAUUCCUUUUAAAACUUGCUGAAAAGUCCCACCGCAAAAUGAAUGUUUUUGUCAAGGUCUUAGACAUAUCAGAUUAUGCACUGGCAAUAGCUCUCGAAGGUGCUCGACCCUCUAAUAAUGUGGACAAAUUUUAUCGUGUACUCGAGUAUUGGCAAAGUCGAUAUCCUACUUACAGUGAAUUGCGCACCACAUUUGCUGAGUAUAGUAUAUUUGUUGGACGCAACCCAUUAGACUGUCAUAAGUUGGACUGAACAUAAUAAUUUUUUGUGUAUAAUUAUACUAUAUAGCCUCGUCCCCAUGCCGAUUUUUCUCUAAUGGACCGUUUUAUUAAUGAAAAAUCGGUAUGGGGACGAGGCUAGAUCUAGUACAGUAAAUGCAUUGCUUUUUUGCUCUUGAACUAAUUUUAUACACAUUGUAAUUUUGUAUGUCAUUGUCUCUGAAAGAACAACAUUUUUUAAAUUGUCAAACCUAUACAAACAAUUUCAUGUUCAACAGUAUACAUGUAAUUAUCGAAAUAUACCAUGCAGUGACCGAUAUCAAGUUAUAAAAAAUGCGCUUGAUUGUUAU